AUGGCUCCAAAGCUCAAGAACGCCGUCAUCUGCUUCUCGGGCACCUUCGACGACUCCCCAGCCAUCCUGCAAAAGUGGACCGAAGCCAACAGCGGCACCUACAACCGCAAGCUCACCUCCAACACCACCCACCUCGUCGUCAGCGAAGCCAACUGGCGUGCCCGCGUCCCUGAAGUGAAGACCGCACUCGAAGACGCCACCAUCAAGAUCGUCAACUACGAAUGGUUCGACGACAAACUACGCCUUGCCCACCGCGUCACCGAAACCAAAUACCUCUGGGCCAACAUCGACGCGGAGCAAGUCAAGCAAGAAGCCAAGGAAGCCCGCGCGGCCUCUCGCGAAGCAAAGCGCGCCGAAAAGGAAAAAGAACGCAAGAAGAAAGAUGCAGAGAGCAUCAACUGGAGCGCUGCGUUGAUGCAGCACACCAAUGCCGUUGCCCGCGUUGAUUCCAGCAGCGAAGAUGAAGAAGACGAGGAGAGUGAGGAUUCGUCUGUUGAGCAAACCAAAUCUCUAACUCAGCAGUUUUCCAAGGGAGCUAAACAGGCAAAGCAGGAUUUGAUGGGUGAGAACCAUCAUGUUUACAUGGACCAUACUGGUUUUGUCUAUGAUGUUGUGGUCACCAAAGCUUCGGUGGAGCUUUCGCGUUUGGAAAAGGCUUCUAUCAUUGUAAGUUCUUUUGCUUGCCCUUUUCUUUUUUUUUUUUUUUUCCUCAAACAGAUUUGGCUGAUUGUUUUCUUCUUCUUCUUACACNAGAUCUACGAAACCAACGCUGGACCUCCUCACUACUACUCCGUCAUUGUCAAGAUCCCUGAGAAGACUGAUGUUGACGACUACGACCUUACCACCGUCACCAAUGUCCCCUUCGCAACUGCAUUCAAGUGCAUGCGCGACAACUUCAAACUCCUCACCGGAGUUUCCUGGGAAAACCGCAUCAAGAAGUUCAGCGAUGGGCCUUCGCUAGCACCUCUUCCCCGUCCCAAAAUCACAGUCUUGCCUCCUGCUGCAUCCUCUCCUCCUGGAAAACUCUCCAAGAUCUCCAAGAACACCAAGCAACAGCAAGAAGAAGCCACCCACGAGUCUCAGGAAAAGAACUUGGAGGCGGGGUUUGCGGCUCAAAAGUAUCGGUACAGAUUGCCUGCAGAGGGAUCACCGAGGNGCACUAUGCCCGAUGGCUCACACCACGUGCACCAAAAGGAAAAGAGCGUUUGGGAGUUAUUUGGCAAGCACGCAGACAGAAGUGCCGAAAUUGCUGCUGCUAGAGAGGCCAAAAGGAAGAAAUCAAGAGAUNUGAGAAGGAUGGCUUUGAAGAGACAGAAUGCACAGCAGUCUAACAACAACAAGACUAUGGAGGUUGUGGUUAUCGAGUCUGAUGACGAGGAAGAGGAAAGCGGAGAGGAGGAAAGUGGAGAAGAAGAAGCAGAGGAUGAGGAAAUGGAGGAUGGAUAUGUUGCUGUCAAUGCUGCUGGCAGGGAUGUCGAGAUGCAGAGUGUUGACUCUGUUGACGACAACACGGUUGGAUCUGGCAUGGAGGACUACACCAUGGUCGAUGCUCCUACUGCCCAAACCUGA